UUGCCAAAAGAAAAUAUGAUCCCUGCCUCCACUCCUUCACCUUCUUUCUCUCUCUCUUCCCAACACAAAAACACUUCCAUAGAAAUAUUAUUUGUACUACAAUUGCAAAGUUUUUGCUAAGCCAAAGGUUUCAUACAGUUCUACAUCGAUUAUUUCGUUGUUCUACUACAGUGAAAAGAACCGUGAAAGAAGACGUUAGUUCUUACCGGCGAUGGAUGGAAUGUACGGUUUUCAUCCAACCGACGGUGAUUACUCAUCAGAUAAGGCGGUGCUUAUGAUGUCACCGGAUAAUCUCAUGUUUCCUUCUGAUUACCAAACCCUUCUUUGCUCCUCCGCCGCAGAGAAUCGUGUCUCUGAUGUUUUUGGAUCCGACGAGCUACUCUCAGCAGCCGCCUCCGCUUUGUCGUCUGAGGCUGCGUCGAUCGCUCCAGAGAUCCCAAGAAACGAUGAUAACGUCUCUUUCGGUGUAAUCAAGGCGAAGAUCGCUGGUCAUCCUUUGUAUCCUCGGUUACUCCAGGCUUACAUCGAUUGCCAGAAGGUCGGAGCCCCGCCGGAGAUAGCGUGUCUACUGGAGGAGAUUCAACGGGAGAGUCAUUUGCAUAAGCAAAACGUUGUCCCGUCGUCUUCUUGCUUCGGAGCUGAUCCUGAGCUUGAUGAAUUCAUGGAAACGUAUUGCGAUAUAUUGGUGAAAUACAAGUCGGAUCUCGCGAGGCCGUUUGAUGAGGCUACGACCUUCUUGAACAAAAUCGAGAUGCAGCUACGGAACCUAUGCACUGGUGUAGAGUCCGCCAGAGGUCUUUCGGAAGAUGGUGCAGUUUCAUCCGACGAGGAACUGAAUGGAGGCGAUGAGAUAUUACAAGAUGGGAAACAAAUAUGCGAAGACCGUGAUCUCAAGGACAGGCUACUUCGCAAAUUCGGGAGCCGUAUAAGCUCUUUAAAGCUGGAGUUUUCAAAGAAGAAGAAGAAAGGAAAGCUACCGAAGGAAGCAAGGCAAGCUCUACUCGAUUGGUGGAAUGUUCAUUAUAAGUGGCCUUACCCUACUGAAGGGGAUAAGAUAGCUUUAGCUGAUGCAACGGGUUUAGACCAGAAACAGAUCAACAACUGGUUUAUAAACCAAAGAAAACGUCAUUGGAAGCCGUCAGAGAAUAUGCCUUUUGCGAUGAUGGACGACUCUAGUGGAUCAUUCUUUACCGAGGAAUGAAAAUUACGGUAUUUAACGUUGGACUAAAAAGAAAAGAAAUGGGGGUGUUAUUGACAUGUUUCCUUCGUAUAAAUUCUACUUUGCUAUGCCGACAAAAAAAAAAUGGGUACAUGAAUGGUUAUUUUACUCAGUCACGUGUAGGAAAGGACAAAGGGACAAGCCCAUCAAUGCUUUGUAACUAUUAUUAUCGGUGAAUAAAAAGGUUAUAUAUUUAUAACAAUAACAAUAAUGAACUACUUUGGUUU